CGUCACAGGAACAUGGCGGCUGUCAACAUGUAGUUUCAGGUGGACCUUUUCGCAAACAUCGCUGUAAAGUGAGUUCAGUACAUGUUCUGUGAUUUGAGGCCACAACAUGGACAGCACGUACCAGCACGCCUUCCCAGACACUCAGCAGCCUCCUGUCUUCGGCGGUGGCUACAUGCCGACACCGUACACCGCUAACAGACCGCGGCCGGGCAGCGGGCAGGAACACCCUGCUCCACCGUGGACACCUUCACCGGCUUAUGACGGUCACUCCUACGGACCCGUGUGCAAUUUUCCCGCACCCCCUCCACAAGGAGCGGGUUUCGGAGGGCCGCGUUUUGACCCUCCGUACGAGUUUGACCACUCAAACCCUCCUCCUCCUUUCGGCUGCCCGUUCCCCCCACACUUCUCGGGUAGGGCCCUCCCCGUUCCGGUGAACGCAUACAGCAGCCCCGGAGUGUCAACGUUACAGACUUUCUCUCAGUGCAGAGCCGCUCCUCCGACUCCCUUGUUUGACUGUGAGUCGGUGUCAGACUGCAACCAGAAACGAUAUGAGGACCGCUGUGAGGCGGGAGUCCACCUCAGCGGCCCCCUUGGUCCGACCCCGCGGCAGGACUGUGACGGCAGUCUGGCAGCAACACAGCCGGAGGAUGAGAGCACCCUGCAGAGAAGGCACGACACACAGUGGCUCCGACGGUUCUUACCGAGCAGGGGGAAGGCCCCCAGGAGCAUCCAGACCCAACAAUCACAACUCAGUUCUGUCUCCGUCCUCAGAGCGGCUCUGCACCGGGCAGCUCAGCUGGUCUCACAGCUGGAAAAGGCUUGUCAGUCGCUGAAAGAAAGCGUGCACGACGACGGUGUGUGGACAGACUCAUAUUUAACGACUUUACAUGUGAGGAGAGAGCUGCAGGACAACGUGAGCCUCCUCAGUGACGCCGAGUGUUUAGAUCGUCUGAAAGUUGAAUUGUCCCGUAUUGUUCGGGGGAGAGCCCGGCGAAUGAGAGCCAAGAGAAAGCUGCAGAUCGAAAAGAAAGACGCAGAGGAGCGCAGCUCUGACAAAGAUGCCGCUAUAGAUAUAUGGAGGAUGAAGAAGAUAAGGCAGGUGGAAGAGAAGAAGAAGGAGCACGAACUGAAGCUUGCUGCAGACUCUGUGCUGUGUGAGGUGAGGAAGAAGCAAACAGAUGUGAAAAGGAUGCAAGACGUUCUGAGAUCCCUGGAGAAGCUACGCAAGCUCAGGAAAGAAGCAGCAUCAAGGAAAGGUGUCGUCACUGAGCAGUGUGACCAGGCGUUCAGCAGCAGACUGCAGCAGCUAAGGUGUGUCAUGAAGAGGAGGACAGCAGUUUAUGCAGCAGAGGAGAAAGCUCUGAUGGUAAUGCUUGAAGGAGAGCAGGAGGAGGAGAGGAGAAGAGAGCAGAGGAGACGAGUGAAGAAGGAGAAAGAAAGACAGCUGCAGAGGAAACGCACUGUGGAUUCCAUGCUAUUUGGCGAGGAGCUUCCAGCUGGUUGUGUCCUGCAGCCUUUCACGGAGUAUUACAGACAGGCUGAGCACUCCGAGUAUGCUUUGAUACAAGUCAGGAGAGAAUGGGACAUGUUUGUGGUUGCAGCAGAUCAUCCUGAUGGUUCAUCAAUUCCUCAGAGCUGGAUCCUGCCAGACCCCCCAUCAGACCAGGCCUGGGCCUCUGCCCUGCAGACUGCUGACACUGACUGUUACAGCCUCUGACUCGUGUACUCUGUGUCAGCUACAGCCUGAAAUACACUUGUGUUUUUGUGUAAACCCAGCUGAAGAUGACAAACACAUUCACUGUUAGUGGAAGUUUGUACACUGAGCACAUUUGGAUUUGGACCGUGCAGCAAUGCAGUCUUGCUAGUUUUUUUGGUGAAAUAGCCAUAUUAAUGACAGUGCCCUUUGCUUACAAAUGUUCCACCAAAGCAAUCCCCCAUCACUAUUUUGUACCAGCACUGUUCUGGCACCCUUGGCUUAGCCCUACAUAAGAUGAUUCUGGUUGCUUUAAAGAAAUACAAACCACAAGCUAAAACUUUUUUUUACUUUUUAGCAGAAUGUGCUGCAGAAUGGUGUUAAUGUGAAGGCUACAUUUAUAUCAACUCCCAGGCAAGAGAACAUGCCUUCUCCUGCAGUGCAACAGACUCAAAGACUUUAAUAUUUCAGUGUAGAAGCUCUAUCACUGAAUUUUAUACUUAUUAUUCAUAGUUUCUUGAAAUGACAUUACCUUGAACAAGAAAAGGACUUUCCUCUCUGGAUGUAUGCAGGUAAUAAACCUGUGAUGUGAUCUAUUAAACUAUUCAGUGACUUGGAA